GCGCAUUUUAGUUCAGGUCGUUGACAAGGACACACUGUAAAAAUUUUGAGAAUUCUUAAAGACAAUAGCAAUGAAAGACGACGAUAAAGUCGAUCCUAUGGAAGCCCAACUCGAGGCGCAACAAGAGCUUGCAAGCCUGCAUCGACAAUACCGCUGCAUGCGGAAUGCUAAAAAAGCCUACGCUACGGAAACUGAGAACGUCAUACGACGACAGAAGGCGGUGAUAGAGGCGUUGGUCGAAGAAAAAACAGAGCUGAUGACGCUUAAAAACGUAGCAGGGAGAGUUGUCACCCAAGUGGAAGACGAGAAAAGCUUGGAUGAUAUAAACGACCUGUUGGAAAAGGAAGAUGGCAUCCAAAGAGAAAUGGAGUCCGAACGAAAAAAGGUAGAUGAAAUCGAUGGGAGCAUACAUUCUUUGGAAACAAAAAUUGCAAAACAGAGGCAGACCAUGAAAGGAGUAACGAAUGUCACCAAAAAUGUCGCUGUUCAGAAACAUAUCCGUGUCUUGAAGAACCGCCUGGAUAACUUGAGUAAGAAAUUCAACGUUGCGAUGGCCGGUAAUCAAAAACUGAGGAUGAACAUCGACAACGUGAAUGGCCAGAAAGCUCGAUUCAAGAAGAUGUUUAGACGCCUGGAAAACAGCCUGGCAGAAAUAAAAUGCGAAAUCGAGAAAACCUCAGAAACCGCAACAUCUCAUUUYAAUGCAAGAGAUGAAGCACAACAUCGCAUGGCUUCUCUACGUGAACGCGGUGAACGAGACCUCACGAUGUAUAACAAUGAAAUUAAGGAUGUUAUGAGAGCCAUUGAACACGAUCGUAAGCUGCGCAAGUUUAUGAUGACCAAGGCUGAAGACAGAGCAAGUAUUCUUGAAGAGGAAACGCUGGCUAGAGAGUUGAGGAAGCUUAACAUGCAUUUGGGAGGCCUGAAGCUCGAGGCGAAAAAGUAUGAAGAAAUCUUUGAGAAGAUCAAGGAAGCCACUGGAAUUCAUGAUACUGAUACAUUGGUAUCAUCUUUCAUUGAGAAUGAAGACACUAACUUUGCGUUGUUUAAUUACGUAAAUGCGAUGAACACCGAGAUAGAAGAACUGCAGGAUCAAAUCAAGUUCUUGAAGGAGGAAACAGAACAAACCAAGAACGAAGGCGUGGCUAAUGAUGUCCGAAGAAAAGAAAUACUGCAGGAGCUUGAAGCGCAACUUGCAGCAGUGACUGCGCAAUCCAGUGCUUUAACAAAAGAAAUCAAGACCAGCAGAAAAAUAAUAGAAACUGCCAAGCCAAAGAUUGAAAGAAUCUUCGUUGGAAUGAAAUGCGAUCGAUCGGCCAUCACUGAUCUACUUGGUGGAGGAACGACCAUAGAUGACUACAAUGUUAUGCAAUAUCUUGGCAUUGUAGAACAGAAAUGCAAUGAACUACUUCAGAUUAAAGCACUUCUGAAAGCUAAAUCAGCACUUGAGGACCUCCAGAAAGAAGGAAGCGUGGUGGAAGGGCUGCAAGGUGCUGGGCCACAACCAGUUCAAGCCAAGCUGUCAAUCAACCCACCAUCUAUCGAAGAAGAGAGUGACCUGAUGUUACAAACCUCAGAUACUAAACCGCUGACUAUGGAUGACGUGCAGGCGCUUCUUGUGCAGCUGACAACGCGGGGUGGUACGUCUAAAGGCGCAGGGGCUGGUGUGGCUUCAAAGCAAGGAAGAAAAAAAAGACUUUGAUCAAAACAACUAACUAAAGAUUAUCAUACAAUCCUUUUAAAAAAAUACUGUUAUUCUAAAUGUGAAUUGUCAACGCCAAUUUUGUGAAUUUUUAUCAAGUCAAAA